AUGGCGGAAGUGGAGCAGAAGAAGAAAAGGACCUUCCGCAAGUUCACGUACUGCGGCGGCGUGGACCUAGAUCAGCUGCUGGAUAUGUCCUACCAGCAGCUGAUACAGCUGUACAUCGCCUGGCAGCGUCGGCGCCUAAACCGGGGCCUGCGUCGGAAGCAGCACUCCCUGCUCAAGCGCCUGCGCAAGGCCAAGAAGGAGAUGGUGGGCAGCAUGGUGGGCGUGUACAACGGCAAGGCCUUCAACCAGGUGGAGAUCAAGCCCGAGAUGAUCGGCCACUACCUGGGCGAGUUCUCCAUCACCUACAAGCCCGUCAAGCACGGCCGGCCGGGUUUCACCUCUUUCUGCUCUGGCCCCACCAGCUGCUUCCUGUAA